CUUAGAAAUCUGUCACAACGUGACGUUUUGUGACACGUGACCCGCUCUUUGUUACAGACCCCACCUCUUUCCCGUGAACGCGCCUUAAGCCGAAUUAGAAAAUCCUGGGUUAACAAAGCUUCUCGAUAUUCCGUCUGAUGGCGCCGCUUGUUCUGCCCCCGCUCUUUGCAUCCCGGGGCAGAUGAUUGAUGACGCGGCACGGGCUGGAUGCAACUGACGCAUUGACUGAGCAGAGUUUUAUUCCGUCCCACGGCGCAGGGUUUGGAUUUGAUUACUAAAUCUAGCAUUGGAACAUCUCGGAUAACUGCGCGCACUCGCUCCGCCGCCAAGGGGAGAGCAGUCGCCCUCCGAAACCCGGAUCAGAAUGAUGAAUGCAGACAGAGAUUUCCAGAUGACCAGGAAGCAGGAAAGGGCGCACUUUUUCAGCUCUAAAGAGCAGGAACUCAUCAUGAAGUUGUAUGAAGAGGAGCGAGAGAUCCUCACAGCUAAAUCCAACACCACCAGUGCCUCUAAGCUGAGGGAGGAGGCCUGGCAGAGGAUUGCUGACAGAAUAAAUGCGGUAUCGGACAGUGGCUACAAAAGGACAUGGCAGCAAGUAAAAGUCAAGUAUAAGAACAUAGUCCAAACAGCCAAACGGAAAAGAGCCGAGGUGCUGCGGAAUGAGGGCGGCUCGGCCACGCCGUCGCUGACCUCUGCGGAGGAGGAGGCGCUGCACCCCCGAGACGGCUCGCUCCGGGUGGAGGUCCUGCCCGGGGGCGCCUGCCUCGCCCCGCUGACCGGACCUGACAGCUCUUUUAUGAGCGUGUCGGGUCACCCGGUCCUGCUCCUGCCGGUCACUAAGACGGAGCCGGAGAGCCUGAGCGGGGACGAGACCGACAUCAGCGACACUCAUUUUGAAGGGGACGUGCACAGCAGUAGCCUCCGGGACGUGGGCAACUCGGCCCGGUCAGCGGCCGGUGGCAGGAGUUCUGAGAGGCAGAGAGAAGAUUUGAAGACCCUCUACGGCCGCUACCUCAAAAAGGAGAUGGAGAACAGAGACCAGGAAAUGGCAUACAGAGCACUUAAAAUGAGGAAGCUGGAAAAAGAAAUCCUCUUACUUGAUAAGCAGCUAAUGUGAUUGUGAAAUGGCAUUUUUAAAGUUAUUUUAUAUUCAUCAUACGUACAGAAGAACACGUCUGCUCAGAUAGAUCAGAACAACAGUCCUGUGUAGCAUCUCAUCAGGACUCAUGGGGGGGGUAGCAGUUUUUUAAAUUAAUCCACUUUUCCAACACAGAGCAUAAGAAUGAAAUACUUCUCGCUGUGCUGAAACCUUUGUAAGGAGGUGGAAUUUUAUUGGUGACAUCAUGUCAAAAUGGUAAAGGGUUUCCACGAGCGGCAGUGUUUUUUCUUUGCAUAAGAAAUUAAGCUGAAAUUCCACAUUUAUGUAGCCAUCAUCUCACUGUAAAAGGUGUAAACGUGAAGUUUUCAUUUUCUUUUUAUCAGACUGUCCUGCCCCAAACCAAUGUUC